AUGAUAAACGAUAUAAGACGAAUAAACAUUACCACAAGCAGUAUCGAAAGUUUGAAUGAAAAUAGCAAAUAUUUAAAAAGAAAUCACAAGAGGACUAUAAAAAUAUGUGCAUAUGCAAUUACAACAUUUGCAUUAUUUUUUAUUGUUGUAGUAUAUUUUAAAAAUCAAACAAAUGUAAAUGAUGCAAAUAGAAAUACUUUAGCAGCAAUCGAUGAAACAAGCUUAAUGAAUAAAGAAAUAGCAUAUUUAAGAGAAAUUUUGAAAAAAUAUAAAACAAAAACAAAUGAAAAUAAUGAAUAUGCAUACGAAAAAAACGACGAUAUUAACGGAGAUGGCGAAGACGAGCACGAAUUGCUAUUAAUGUUACAUAAAUUUUUAAAAAAUAAAGGUAAUCCUAAUAAAAUAGAUAGGUUUGAUAUUAACAAUAAUGACUCAAAUAAAAAUCGUGGUAAUGAAAAUAUUGAUCAAAUAAACAUACUUAGUCAAAAACUUGAAAGCAUGCAUGAUAACAUAAAAUAUGCAUCAAAAUUUUUCAAAUAUAUGAAAGAAUACAAUAAAAAAUACAAAAAUAUAGAUGAACAAUUAGUAAGAUUUGAAAACUUUAAAACGAAUUAUAUGAAAGUUAAAAAACACAAUGAAAUGGUAGGUAAAAAUGGUAUUACAUAUGUACAAAAAGUAAACCAAUUUAGUGAUUUUUCUAAGGAAGAACUUGAUAGUUAUUUUAAAAAAUUAUUACCUAUUCCACACAAUUUGAAAACUAAACAUGUAGUACCACUAAAAACACAUUUAGACGAUAAUAAAAUUAAACCAAAAGAAGGUGUAUUAGACUAUCCAGAACAGCGGGAUUAUAGAGAAUGGAAUAUAUUACUUCCUCCAAAGGAUCAAGGUAUGUGUGGGUCUUGCUGGGCAUUUGCUAGUGUAGGAAAUUAUGAAGCUCUUUUUGCAAAAAAAUAUUCUAUAUUACCUAUAAGUUUUAGUGAACAACAAGUUGUUGAUUGUUCUAGUGACAAUUUUGGAUGUGAUGGCGGUCAUCCAUUUUUAUCAUUUUUAUAUUUUCUUAAUAAUGGGGUAUGCUUUGGCGAUAAUUAUGAAUACAAAGCUCAUGAUGAUUUUUUCUGCUUAAGUUAUAGAUGUGCGUAUAGAAGUAAAUUAAAAAAAAUUGGCAACGCAUAUCCAUAUGAAUUAAUUAUGUCCUUAAAUGAAGUAGGGCCAAUAACUGUUAAUGUUGGUGUAUCCGACGAAUUUGUAUUAUAUUCGGGUGGUAUAUUUGAUGGAACAUGUGCUUCGGAGUUAAAUCAUUCUGUUUUAUUAGUGGGAUAUGGUAAAGUUAAAAGGAGCUUAGUAUUUGAGGAUAGUCAUACUAAUGUAGAUAGCAAUUUGAUAAAAAACUAUAAGGAAAAUAUCAAAGACAGCGAUGAUGACUAUUUGUAUUACUGGAUCAUUAGAAAUUCAUGGAGUUCAACUUGGGGAGAAGGUGGCUAUAUAAGGAUUAAAAGAAACAAAUUAGGAGACGAUGUUUUUUGUGGAAUUGGUAUUGACGUUUUCUUUCCAAUUUUAUAA